GCCUCAGUUUCAAGCUUGUCCCGACGCAUUUGAAAUACACAGGGACGCGCAUUUUAGCAGAGAAAGCCAUGUCUACACUAACAUGCACCAAACUGACGCUGUUGACAUUAGCAGCAGUGGUGAUUCAGAUCAUCGGCCUCUCACUCUUCGUUCUAGGUUUCUUCCCCGUCAAACCUGCUCUAUCCGGCGUCAGUGGUCCAGAGAGUUUUACUUCUCCAGUUUGUCCUUCUGCUGAGGAUCACAACUUUACGAUACAAUCUCCCGAUGAGCUUAAAUCGUUAUAUUUGGAACUUUCCAACAUUUCACCCUCAUAUGAUCGAUUAAUACUGAUGGUUGUUGAUGGUCUUCCAGCAGAAUUUGUUCUUGGUAGGGAUGAUAGGCCUGCACCAGAAAUUUUCAGAAAAUCUAUGCCAUAUACCCAGUCACUCUUAGACAGGGGAGUGGCAACUGGGUAUCAUGCAAAGGCUGCUCCCCCAACUGUUACAAUGCCUCGUUUGAAGGCUAUGGUGUCUGGAUCAGUUGGUGGAUUUUUGGAUGUUGCUCUUAACUUUAAUACCCAAGAACUUCUGGAUGACAAUCUUAUUGGACAGUUUUUCAAAAUUGGUUGGAAAAUGGUGAUGCUCGGCGAUGAAACAUGGCUCAAGUUAUUUCCAAGAUCAUUCACCAGGCAUGAUGGAGUUCAUAGUUUUUUUGUGAAAGACACUGUUCAAGUGGAUCACAAUGUUUCCCGACAUUUGGAUGCUGAACUUCUUAUGAUUGACUGGAAGCUUUUGAUUCUGCACUAUCUUGGUUUAGAUCACGUUGGACAUACUGGCGGGCGCAAUAGUGUUCUAAUGGGGCCAAAACUUGAAGAGAUGGAUGAAGUUAUUAAGAAAAUACACAGGAGCAUGGUUCAAAAUAAACAUGGACGAACACUUUUGAUGUUGGUCAGUGAUCAUGGCAUGACAGAAAAUGGUAACCAUGGCGGCGCUUCGUACGAGGAAGCUGAUGCUUUGAUGCUACUUAUUGGUCUGAGAGACUAUGAUCGUCGACCAUCCACCCAUAAGACCGUGAAUCAGGUUGACAUUACGCCGACAUUGGCUCUUCUUUUUGGUGUCCCAAUACCAAUAAAUAGUGCUGGAAUCCUAAUUGCUGACACAUUAAAAUCUCUAGAAGCUGCGCAACAACUAAGAGCACUGGAACUAAAUACAUGGCAGCUAUUCAGGCUACUACAAGCACAGUUACCUGAUUUAUCAUGUAGCAGCUCAUGUGGUGUUGAUAAGGAUGGCCCUGGUAAUGACAUUGGUGAAUGUGAUGGCAACACAGAGGAGAUUUUUUGUUGCUUAUACAUAAAAGCUGCAGAUCUUCACAAGGCCUGGAAAUCUUGUCAAGUUUUGGGGUCUAAUAAAGUUGAGGACUAUAGAAGCACAGUCUUGGCAUAUAAUGAUUUCUUAAGAACCGCAAGUGAGUGGUUAUCACGUAGAGCAACCAAUAAACCUGUUGGACUGCUUGCUUUCGGGUUGACGGGAAUGAUUUUAUCAUCUUUGAUCCUGCUAAGCCUUCUUUACCAGCUAGAACAAGAUGUUUGUAUGAUCAAAGAAGACCGAACAUCUCACUUCAGUAGCAGGAUGCACAAGUGGCAUAUGGAUGAGAUAUUUGUGAUGGCUAUUGUUUGUUUCCUUGUGUUAAGUAUGGGGUCUAGCUCUCUCAUUGAAGAAGAGCAGUAUAUAUGGCAUUUCAUGACAUCCACACUUUAUUUUUUAUUGCUCAGAAAGGCAGUACAGUCUAUCUCAUCUGUAAACACACAAGAUCAAGGCAAUUUCAUGGAAAGACAAAUCAAGAGAAGAUUUAUCCAAAUGUCCUCGAUUAUUUUUGUUCUUAUAUCUGGUAGGAUUCUGAGAGGCUGGCAUCAAGGCGGUGUUAACUGGACAAAUUUUCCAGACAUAUCUAAGUGGCUUGAGAGUGAAGGAACAGCCUAUAUAAAACCAGUCCAGCUGGUUUCUUUGCUCCUACUAACCACCUCAGGCUUCUAUGCUCUUUCAUUUUUACGGCCAAGUAAACGGUUUGUCAUAGUUGUUGGAUUGUCCUUUUUGUUUCCAGCGAUUUUAGUUCUCCAAUAUAUAAUUAAUUACCAGAGCAGUGGGGUCCCAGCAUCUAGCAAUAAUGCUACCCUAUUGGUACAAAUAAUCUAUGCAACCCUUGGUACUACUACAUUUGGAAUUGUAGUUGCAGUACCGUGGUUCAUGCCUGUUCGAAAUCCUAAGGGUUGCUCAAGCCAUCAUUAUAAUGUUCUUCAUGUGGGCAUUGCUGAUUCUCUAUAUUUGAUUGGUUUAGUAUACAUUAUAUGCUGGGGCCUACUUCAGCUGCUGCUACAGCAACCUAUUAAUUCGGCACCAAUAUUGUUGCUUCUUGUGCAAAUCCUUGCAAGCAUGUGCUCUUCUUCAAAUAGUGACCCAGAACCUAAACAGUGGGUUGAGGUUGCUGUUGUAUAUUAUUUGGGAAUGGCAGGCCAUUUUGCUCUUGGAAAUACUAACACUAUAGCUACAAUAGAUGUUGCUGGAGCUUACAUGGGAGUCUCAAGCCAUUCAACAGUACUUUCUGGCAUCUUAAUGUUCAUGAUCACCUAUGCGGCUCCCAUGUUAGCUCUUCUCAGCAUGUUAAUAAAUCUCUCUCGUAGGAGCAAAAUUUCCCUUGUGAAUGCUCAAGAUGUGGAUCUCCAUUUUUUGCUCAAGACAACUCUUGCCUAUCCUUGUCUGGUUCCAUUGGGCUUGAAUUCAAUUUUCUUGGUUGCAUACACCACCAUAUUGCUACUAAUGAGGAAUCAUUUGUUUGUGUGGAGUGUCUUUUCUCCCAAGUACAUGUAUGUUUGUGCAACAACAGCUUGCAUCUAUAUAGGGGUAUUGAUUGUGGCUUCAACUGUGUUUUAUACAUACUCGACUCUUGGUUUACGGAAAAUGUGGAUAAGGUAGUAACUGUGCAAGCUAGGUCUUUUUGUGACGACAGAUCAACUUUUAGUGUAUUGAUACUAAGUUAUAUACUCCUACUACUUUAGUUCAAAAGAAAUUUGUGAAGUAUCAACAAAGAAACGGGAAAGAAAAAAGAGCAAAAAUGUGUUACUGCCCUCACAGCUUCUUGACUGUAUUUUUUGUUGUAAAGUAGCUUAGACGUGUUUCUUAAAGGUAGGGGUGGUUCUUGUUUUUUUAUAUACAGCCCCAGCCAAAAGUGCUGAACUAGUAUUGAGUUGUCUCAUUCAUUUCAUUGUUGACAAGUAAAAAAGAAAAAACUGUUUUACAGUA